CAGAGCUGCGGAGAUUGAGCGAACAGCAGCAGAAACACCUCCAGGUCCUGCUGACAUUUUAUACCCAGACACAGCGGCUAACAACGGUGACUUUGAGCGGUGAGAUGCCGGGCAUGAUGGAUAAAGGCUCGGAGUAUUUAGGGAAAGGUCGAUCAAACGGCACCAAGAGUCCGUCCAACGCUUCUAACGGACAUUUUUCUGACGAGAGCGGCAGCGACGACGAACACGAUGUGGGAAUGCGGGUUGGAGCCGAUUAUCAGGCUAAUAUUCCCGAGUUGGAGCCCGGUUCCACUAAGUACACAGAUAAAGACAGCGGAGGGAUGCUAGUUUGGUCUCCGUAUCACAGCAUCGUCGACUCCAAAUUGGAUGAAUACAUCGCUUUAGCCAAAGAGAAACAUGGAUACAACGUGGAGCAGGCACUCGGCAUGCUCUUCUGGCACAAACACAACAUAGAGAAGUCUCUGGCCGACCUGCCGAACUUCACCCCGUUUCCAGACGAGUGGACGGUGGAGGACAAGGUGCUGUUUGAACAAGCCUUCAGCUUCCACGGCAAGAGCUUCCACCGCAUCCAGCAGAUGGAUAAAUCCAUCUCCAGUCUGGUGAAGUACUACUACUCCUGGAAGAAGACUCGCUCCAGAACGAGUCUGAUGGACCGACAGGCUCGUAAACUGGCCAACAGGAGCAACCAGGACGACAGUGAUGAGGAGAUGGAGGAGGCCGCUCCCGUUGAAGCCAACGACAGCGACUACGACCCCAACAAGGAAACCAAGAAAGAGCAGAACCAGGUGGAGCCGGUGGCGCCGGGCUCAAAGGUGGCUUUGGGUCGGCGGGAGCACCAGACCCUGCAGCACAGACACCACCAGCGCUCUCGCUGCCGCCCCCCCAAAGGCAUGUACCUGACCCAGGAGGACGUGGUGGCCGUGUCCUGCAACGCCUCCGCCGCCAACACCCUCCUCCGUCAGCUGGACAUGGAGCUGGUGACCCUCAAGAGACAGGUGCAGAACGCCAAACAGAUGAACAGCGGCCUGAAACACAUGUUGGAUGUUGGGAUUGAAGAAUUCAAACUGGCUGAGUGUAACCAGAAGGUGAACGCCCGCUGGACCACAGACGAGCAGCUCCUGGCUGUUCAAGGUGUUAGGAAAUACGGGAAAGACUUCCAGGCCAUCGCUGACGUCAUCGGUAACAAGACGGUGGGCCAGGUGAAGAACUUCUUUGUCAACUACCGGCGGCGGUUCAACCUGGACGAGGUGCUGCAGGAGUGGGAGGCCGAGCAGGGGACGCAAGCUCCCAACGGAGACAGCGCCACUUCUGGAGAGGAGGGGAAGACCAGCUCCACCACUCCGUCAGGGAAGAGCACCGAUGAAGAGGACGAAGAGGGUCAGGUGACCUCCUCAGGUGCGUCUCCUGCUGCCUCCUCUUCCUCUUCGGCUCAGAUUCCGGUGACGUCCACCACCUCCUCCUCCUCCUCCCUCCACCAGCCCCCUCCCCUCCUGCGGCCCUCUCUCCCUGCCACACCCUCCCUGCACCGCCAGCCGCCGCCCCUCCAACAACAGGCCCGCUUCCUGCAGCCCCGCCCCACCCUGCAGCAGCCCCCGCCUCUCAUCCGCCCCUCCAACCCUCUGCCUCCUCGCCUUAACCCACGCCCACCCGCUCCAAUGACCCUCGGCAGCAACCCAGGGGGGUCAGGUCCAAGCUCCGCCCAGCAGCCCCCCGGCCUGGCCGUCCACCAAUCAGAGGCCUCGUCUUCCUCCCUCCUCUGACGAACGUCAGACUGAGAUUCUGUUAAAGAAAAUGUUCAAUCUGAAGCUGCUGUGUUCGUGUCCUGUGGGAAUAUCUGAGUCUUCAGAACAAUGACAGCGAUGUUCACGGCUUCUGAUCAGGUGUUCUGCUCUUACCACACGAGAACGUGAAGGUGACACAUUUAUUAGGGGUGUAACGAUUCUCCGACAGAAGUAGAUUAACUUCAUAAAUUAACUUAACUAAAUAAAGAGGACCAGUCUACACAUUGCUGACAGUCAUCCUGAGAGCUCCACGUGGUAAAAUAACGAGAGCUCAACAGGCAAAGUUUGCGUUGGAAGUGGGCUGAGGGUGGGGGGGCAACAUGGGGCCGUGGACGUCUUUGUUGCGGUUUCAGAACCGUUACCCCCCCAAAAAUUUACACAAAACGCAAUCCAAAUGUUAAUAAUUUGGAGAACAGUAUUUUCGGAGUCCCACAGGACCGACACGCAGCAGACCAGCUGGUUGAUGGACACAUGGAUUUUAAAUCUUUGUUUAGUAAAAGAGCUUUGACUACAAGUCUUACAGUCUUUAGAAAUCUGUCACACAAAGUGUGCAGAUUAUUAAAGAAGAGGCUUUUCAUUCACCAGACAUGUGGCGUCCCACAGGAUUCAAUCCUGGGCCCCUUCUUGUUCUCCAUCAUUAUUCCUCCACUUGGACAUAACUGCAUUAACCACAAACAAAAAUGGCACACAACAUUUCAAAGUGAGAAAUUGAUCAUCAGCUCUCACCAGCAGCCUAGGAAACACUAAAAGCUGGAUGUUGCAGUAUUUUCUACAGAUAAAAUAAUCUUAAAGUCUAAAAUAACUUUAAAUUAGGAACUUUAAUCAGUGUCAUUUCUUAUAUUAAGAAACUCAACAUUGUUAUUGAUUUGUUUUAUUCUUUAUCCUCCACCUUCCAGAGUCUCUGCUGACUUAUGUGUUUCUCAACCCUCUCUUGAAACUUACUGAUGUUGUUUGUUCAUGUUGUGGCUGUAAUGAAUUCUGCAGCUUCGGGGACACGAGUGGGAAACUAAAUCACUAAUUUUCCAAAGGGCUUUAUGAUCUUCACUGUAUACGAUCUUCAAGCCUAGAUUCAAAUAAGGAAACACUUGAGGGUGAUGUUUAAACGGAUCAGUCUGGUGUAUGUUUCACGUUUAGACUCAAACCAACAACGUGUUAGUCCGCCUCGAAAUACUGUCUGACAUCCUGUCUGCGGCUCUAAGCCUCAAGCCCAUUGGUUCUUACUGAAGACGUAAAUCUUUGAAAACACAAAUAUAUAGUUUCAUGUUUGAAAAGGUCUCAGUAGUUUCCGAAAACAUCUGGUCGCUGUAGUUUUUAUUAAACAAACAGGAGGAAAUAGUGCCUUUGUUGGGGACUAUUUUCAGUGGCGGAUUCAUCCACAUUUGGUGCUCUAGUGAGUAUUUGUGGCAGCAGGACAGUGUGUGUGUGUGUGUG